AUGAAAGAUCCUAUAAUAUGUGCUGAGAUGGAAAAAGUGCCAACAGAUCCUCUGUACAUUGCGAUAUUUUCAUUUUACACACUUAAUUUUACUCUAUCAUUAUUUAUUACACCUGUUGUAUGGUAUCGUUUCUGUCGUCAUACGGCAUUCCAUAUCAAUGUGAAGAUCCUCAUCUCAGUUCUCUUCAGUUUCGGUGUCAUAUCCAGUGCAUUCGGAACAAUUAACUAUUUAUUUCACAUGUACCAUGUUGUUUUCCCAAGCAAUCCAUGUUCGAGAAUAUUCUAUACAACAGAAUGUGCGUGGUCCUUCUAUUCGCUUACGUGGUGCAUUUUCGGGUUCAUGCUAGCUCAGGCUUCUCUUACAGUUGAACGUUUAAUUGCUACAUUUAGACUUCGUACUUACGAGAAAGGACAUCAAUAUCUUGGGCCUAUUAUGGCAACUAUUGUGGUGAUUUCUGCAAUUUUCUGUGUCGUAUGGGGCCUUGGUGAAAUGGACCCCAAAGAGUUGCAGUACCAGUGUGGUGGUGUGCCGGUUUCAUCAAAAUCUCGAGUGGUAUCUAUGUACAAGAUUAUGCUGCUAGUUGAUGUCCUUGCUAUCAUAGCUUUCGCACUUUGUUAUUAUUACAACAGAAGAACUCUCGAGAGCGGAAGGUAUGAACUUUCGCUCCGAUAUCAAGUCUAUGAAAAUCUGAGAGCCAUACGAAUUUUCGUACCAGUUGUCACCGUUCACUUCAUCAUCUUUGGCCUGUUUUUAAUGGGUUCUAUAAUUAUACGUGAAUUUCGGGCCAGCUUAACGCCGAAAGCCUACAGUACUAGUCUUCUCGCUCUAUAUGUGAGUUAA